AACGCAGCAGCAGAAGAAGGAAGAGCCGUCAGAGGACAAACUUUGUCGAAGUCCAGCGCAGAGACAGACUGAAGAUGUCCAACGUGUCGGGUCGUCUCGUGGACCUUUCAGGAUCGACAGGGAAGUGAUUUUAUUUUUUCUUUCAGGACAAAUCUGGAGGCAGGACGCGCUUUUUUCUCCUCCUCCACCACCUCCACCUCCUCCACCUCCGCCGUAUGAGCCGUCCAGACUGCGCCUAACUGUGGCUUAACAAAGCGGCGUCUCUGCGCUCUUGUGCCCGGGUCCGUGCGGGGCCAGUGGAGGAUGCCAGGAUGCCCCCUCUGAUCCUCCGUCUGCUCGUCCUCUGGCUGAGCCUCCACAGGCUGGUGUGGUGCACAGAGCGCUCCUCCACCCGGGAGCGCUUCAAGGUGGUCAUCGCUCCGCUCAUCUGCAAGCGGAUCUGCCUGAAGGGCCAGUGUCAGGAUACCUGCGAGCAGGGCAACAACACCACGCUGAUCGCGGAGAACGGCCAGGCGGCCGACACGCUGAUCGGACAGGGCUUCAGGGUCGUGGUGUGUCCCCUGACUUGUAUGAAUGGAGGCGUCUGCAGCUCGAGGAAACACUGCCUGUGUCCGCCCGGCUUCACAGGUCGGCUCUGCCAGUUUCCACUCCAGCAGACGCAGCAAGCUCAGGCAGCGCGGGGCAACAAGCAGCCCAUCUACCCCAUCUCCCUGAAGCCGGACGGCCUGAAGCUCGGCGAGCAGGCCGGGAUGGGGCGGACCCAGCUGACCCAAACACACUCAGUGUUCACCCUGCCUUUGACACAAGUGGGACACCACUCGUCUGAAGUGCAGAUUAAUCUACGCGUCCACCACACGCCGGACACCUCCGUCGUCAUCCAACCUCUCGACCAAGCAGAUGUCAAGCCUCCUCUGAAGACCGGGCCUCGUCUGAUCCCGUCCAGACACAAACCGAAGGGGCGGUGCUUCCAGGAGACCACGCCCAAACAAGCCUGCAACAGCACGCCGCUUCCUGUCCUGACCAACCAGGAGGACUGCUGCGGCAGCGUGGGGAACUCAUGGGGACAGAACAAAUGUUAUCAGUGCCCGAAGCUGCCGAACGCCUUCGUGAAGCAGACCAUCGUGGAGGAGUACGGCUCCACCUGUCCGCAGGGCUAUAAAAGAUUCAACAGCACUCACUGUCAAGAUAUCAACGAGUGCUCCAUGCAGGGCGUCUGUCAGAACGGAGACUGUCUGAACACGCUGGGCAGCUUCAAAUGUUCUUGCAAGCCCGGUUCGGUUCUGGACAGGAACCGGUGUAUUGAGUCUCCGGCUGAGCAGGGUCAGUGUUUCCGCAUCGCGUCCGAGGCCAGAGGCUGCGAGCACGCACUGCCCACCCACCUGACCCAGGAGAUGUGCUGCUGCACGGUGGGCAAAGCCUGGGGACGCAACUGUGAACGCUGCCCACAGGUGGGCACAGUGGCCUUCAGUAAGAUCUGUCCUGCUGGUAAAGGUUACUUCCUCCAGAACAUCCGAGAGACCGUGGCCUUCCCGCCCAUCAUCUUCCCCCGCAAACCCGACAAAGAGGAACCAAAGCGGCCGGAGAGACCUCCAGAGACGACGACCGCCGUCCACCAGGCUCCGACCAGCACCAGCAGCCCUCGCGUACCCGUUGUUAAACCGACCCCUCCGACAAUCGUCCGGUUGACCCCCGGCAAUGACCCCCUCGAAACACAGACUAAAGUCCUGCCAGAGACAGAUGAAUGCAGGCUCCACAGGAACAUCUGUGGUCAUGGAGAAUGUGAGAACAGCCUGAACGGCCACAUCUGUCACUGCCACCCCGGAUACCAUCUGAACCCGCAGAGGAACGUCUGUGAGGAUGAUAAUGAAUGUGAGUCAGAGCCGUGCGGUCAUGGCCGAGGACUCUGCGUCAACAUUGAGGGCGGUUACAAGUGUCUGUGCCGUCAGGGCUAUAAACACAUGGUGCAGCACGGGCGGCUCAAAUGCAUCGACGUGAACGAGUGCUCCAAGCAGGACAUCUGCGGCGUCGGCGGUCAGUGUGUCAACCUGCCCGGCUCGUAUAAAUGUGAAUGUCACAGCGGCUUCAGGAGCAAAUCCCACCGCCACCCCGCCUGUGAAGACAUAAACGAGUGUUUGAAUCCUGACACUUGUCCAAACGAACAGUGUGAGAACACACCGGGCUCCUACGAGUGUGUCCCCUGUCUGCCGGGUCACGAGGCUCGAGCCGGGACCUGUUACGACAUUAACGAGUGUCAGAAACCUGGAAUCUGUCCUAACGGACGCUGUGAGAACCUCCCGGGAACGUACCGCUGCCUCUGUAACGAAGGCUUCCUGCCGUCGUCAGACAGCAAAGGCUGCAGCGACAUCGACGAGUGUCAGGACCGGCUGUGUGCGUACGGUCACUGCAUCAACACCGAGGGCUCCUUCCAGUGUCAGUGCUUCCCGGGAUACCAGCGCACGCAGGAGGGCAGCCACUGUGAAGACAUCAACGAGUGUGAGCGUCCGUCCAACUGUCAGAGAGGACACUGCAUCAACAGCAUGGGCUCGUACCACUGCGAGUGUCCGAAGGGGUACACGCUGGUCGGAGGCCGCAGGUGCCAAGACAUCGAUGAAUGUGCCGUGGACAGAAGUCUCUGCCAGCCCUUCGGCUCCUGUGAGAACAGACCCGGCUCGUAUCUGUGUGUCUGCAACCACGGCUUCGUCCUGUCCGAGGACAAACACAGCUGUGAGGCGGUUCGGGUGGUGACUCUGGAGAAGAAGGAGUGCUACCUGAACCUGGACGACACUGUGUUCUGCGACAGCGUCGUGGCCACUAACAUCACCAAACAGGAGUGCUGCUGCACCACGGUUGGAGUCGGGUGGGGGGAUCACUGUGAGAUCUACCCGUGUCCAGUCUCUGGGACAGUCGACUACAACUCCCUGUGUCCGAGUGGACAAGGCCUCUACUAUGAUGAAGGAAUGAUGUACGGCCUGCCUGCCUACCACGACAUCGAUGAGUGUUCUUUGUUUGGGGAGGAGAUCUGUAAGAAGGGUCGCUGUGAGAACACGAUGCCGGGCUACGAGUGCUACUGUCAGCGGGGCUUCUACUAUGACGGAAACCUCCUGGAGUGCAUCGAUGUGAAUGAAUGCCACAACGAGGCUCUGUGCACCAACGGUCAGUGCGUCAACACCGAAGGCUCCUUCUUCUGCAACUGUAACCGACCCUGGACUCAAGACGCCGAUAAGACCAACUGUGUGAUGGCAACGAUAGCAGACGUGAACGAGUGUGAGGACCCGGCUAACUGUAAGAACGGUCACUGCGUGGACACCCCGGGGUCGUACUACUGCAUCUGCUCCCCGCCAUGGACGCUCGCCACGGACCGAAACAGCUGUGUGACUCCUGAGGAGCAGGCCGAUGUGAAUGAGUGCCAGGACCCCUCGUACUGUAAGAAUGGCAGGUGUGAGAACACGCCCGGCUCCUUUCACUGUUUUUGUGACCCUCCCCUCACCUUCAGUGCAGCGCUGAAACAGUGCGUCUAUGACGAUCGCACUGCAGCCCACAAAGACGUGUGCUUCCUGCAGGUGGACGAGGGUUUGAUCUGCAGCGAGCCGAGGAACGGCAUCGUGGUGACGUACUCGGAGUGCUGCUGUCACUACGGUCGAGGCUGGGGGCCCGAGUGUAACACCUGUCCACCCAGAAACUCAGAGAUGUUCAGCCGUCUGUGUGAGAUGCAUCUGGAGACCGAGUCCGACGGGGAGCAGGAUUUCCUGCCAGUAUUCGCCAACUACAACCCAGGGGACAGUUCAGAGGAGGACUCGGAUGAAUGCAGCUGUGCAAACGGCCGCUGUGUGCGCUCGUACCUGGGCACCAUGUGUGAAUGUAACACAGGCUUCAGGCUGGACCACUCCCGCACCCGCUGCAUAGACAUCGAUGAGUGUGCGGAGCCCAGCCCUCGGGGCAGUCCCUGUAAGAACGCUCGCUGCGUGAACACCGCCGGCUCCUACAAGUGCUUCUGCAAACAAGGCUUCGUGGCAGCGCGCAGGCCGAACACAUGUCUGCGCCGCAGAACUCGGUAACCUCGGCGUGUUUAUCGACGUACGCAACACACACACAGCCCGCACGUACACAUCUGUCUUACAAAGAGAGGACCAUGAUUAAACACAACAGGAGCCGAUCACAGCUCAUGAAACAUAUCGUCGUCGCCAUCGUCGUCAGCUCCUCUCAUGUCCCACCUCACAUUUAAAGAAAUAAUCCUGCAGACGAGGGAACGCUUUGUUUGUUUGUUCGUUAAACUUUUUGUAAUUAUUGUUUUUUUUUAAACAGUUUUUUGUUAAAUUGUGAUUUUUGUCAUUUUUAAUCUGAAUUCUCAAAGUUUUAUUGAUGAAAUGUUUCAAAGAUCUACCUGAUGUUCUGUCAGCCCGCUCACGAUGUCACAUGUUCUGGUCACAUUCCCCUUCACGUCCACAUUCUUUCAUGUCUGAACCUAAAUUGACGUCAUCUGAAUUGUGUUUUUUUUUGUUUGUUUGUUCGUUUUUUUAACCACACAUUGUUGAUUUUGUGUUAUUGUACAGUUUGUCUGAUGACUCAGCAGUUUCUGUCUCACCCCUGUUUUUAUUUGUUGAUGUAAAAUAAGAGAAACCUGAAGUUUUUGUAUAAUUUGACAUGUGCACCGAAGUGGACUGUAAGCUAGAAAGAGAAGAGCUCAUGCACUUAGCGAUGGAUAUUUUGGGGAUAUUUGCUAAAUUUAGCUGAUUCCAGUAAAGUUUGAUCUGUUGUCAUGAAUGCUGUGAGUAUUUAGAAAACCAAAGACGAGAAGAACCGAAUUAAAAAAAGAUGUCAACCAGU